AUGCGCCGGUGUGGUGACGCGGCUGUUGUCACCACGACAGCUGGAGGAGCUCUGAGCACCGUAGGGAUCUGGCGUCCAUUUGCGCGUGGCCGACCGUACACGCCUGUGGGCACAGUUCAGGACUUUACCGCCUCGCCGCAUCACAUGCGCCUUGCCGAGAUGCAGCGGGAGCUUGACGAAAUGAGUGGCAGGCCCCCGACGCACCUCUACGAGGGGCCGACCAUCACCACGGCCCACGGCCCUCGUCCCCUGUUUGAGCCUGACGCGAGGGAAGACCCCAGCCAAUGCGAGUUGCCGGAGCACUACGUCGCCGCGCGUCAGCGACUGAUGACGUUGCAGAGUGACAGUUAUGGCGAGUCGAUUCGCGGCGUUGUUUCGCCGCCUCCGCCGCCGGAUGCGGACGCACCGCGGGGCUAUCAGCAGCCGCGAGUGGAGCUGGGCGGCACCUGGUGGACGGCCAUGACUGUUAUAGCGGCGGUGUUUUUUCUCAUGGCAAAGUUUGGGCGCUAG